AUUUCGUUUUCGAAAACUUGACACAGUUACAGAUAUUACACUUAGAAUAUGUGUCAUUAAGUAAUACACUUUCCAGAUAUGCACUUUUUGGUUUGCUUAACUUGAAGCAUUUUGUUUCUAGAAAAAACAAUGUUGGGUGAUAUCGAAGAAUUUGCAUUUGAGACUCUUUCAUCUUUGUUACUUCUUGACCUGCAGGGAAACAAUUUACGCUUUUUAAACAACUAUAUAUUUUUUGGUUUACAAAACUUGAGACAUCUUUACCUAAGUGGAAAUAAUUUGUUUUUAUUGAAGGAUAUCUUCCUUCAUCAAUUACCAUUACUCAGUACGCUUCUCCUUCAAGAUAAUAAAAUAGAACAUUUCCCAAAUAAAAUAUUUUCAUCGCUUAGCAAUUUAUAUAUUUUGACUUUAACGGGAAACAAAAUUGUACCUUGGAACAGCAAAUUAUUCCACCCUAAUCUUACCAUAAGGAUUUUGGGGUUAUCAAGAAAUCAGAUAACGCAUAUUACCCCAACUAUGGUAGCAGAAUUUGGUCAAGUUUCGGAAUACUUAGAUUUAAGAAAAAAUCCUUUCAACUGUAGUGCCUGCGGUAUGAAAGAUUUUCAGGCUUUCUUUAAAGAUCUAACAUUUACUCUACCAUCCGAACAAAUAGAUAAUUUAUCUUACAUUUGCGUGGAACCUGUCUUUCUGCAAAACCAACCUUUUGAAAGUGUCGAUUUACCUGUAGUUAACUGUGAAACAGAGGAGGCUGCUCUAAUAGGUUUAUUUGCAAUAGCUUUAAUUUGUUUCGUAGUACUGUUCGCUACGGUAGUUUCACUCCUAUGCUUCUUUUUCCGGUGGUACAUUCGAUACUGGUUUUUUCACUUUCGAGCCAAAAUGAAUGAGUGGGAACGCAGCACUUCGUACGAGUCCCGAUAUAAAUACGAUGCGUUUCUAUCUUAUAAUUCUGCAAAUACACCAUGGGUUAUAACCUACUUAAUUCCUGCGCUCGAAGAUCAGGAACCAAAAUUUAAACUUUGUGUUCACGAGAGGGAUUUUCAAGUGGGUUCUCUUAUCACAGAAAACAUACUGGAAGCAAUUGACGCUAGCAGAAAAGUUAUUUUGAUUCUUUCCGAUAGUUUCAUCAAGAGUGAGUGGUGCAUGUUCGAACUGCAUAUGGCUCAGCAUAAACUUUUCUACGAUACUAGAGACGGUCUUAUUCUAGUUAAGUUAGAAGAUGUAAGCAAAAAAUUGUACUCUAAGAACUUGUUGUACUUAGAGAAAACGAGACUGUGUUUAAAAUGGAAGGAAGAUACCCUUAGCCAGAAAGUAUUUUGGGAGCGAUUGCAAAAGGCUUUAGGUCCUCCAAUAAGCAAUAAGAUUUUGACGUCUGAAAAUAUUAACGAUAUCAGGAUGAAAUUCUUGGAUUUUGUCACGAUAUUUUUAAUGACGGACGUCACUUUUAUGUGUCUCUCGGAUAACAUUUUGUCCACUCAGCUGGAUAUCAUAAAUCAUAAACAAAAGCAAACAAAUGAGCCUAAAUAUUUCAGCCAGCAAGAUGCAAAUGGUAUAGAUCAAGUGAGCUUAGAUAUGACUAAAAUAAGCAAUGUAGAAAUCUCCACUCCCACAGUUAAUUCAAGCAUAACAUCUAUUCAAUUCAAGGAGAAGCAAAACGUACCCAAAGCUAAUGAAGAAAGUCAUAUUUUCACAAAAGGUUCCAAUACUUCAGAGAUUUCUUCCAAUUUUAGAAGCAACAGAAAUUUCAAAAGUUAUAAUUUCAGUCACAGCGAUGAUAACACCAAAGGAUUAACAUAUGAGUCUUCAGAAUAUAAUUCAACCCCUAGAAUGAAAGUAGAAAUUUGUUUUUUGAGAAAUUUAGUUCUUUUAAACAGCUUUCCUUACGAUGCAUUAAAAUUUCUACAAAAUACAACUAUAUUCCGUCUUGAUCUAGGCUAUAAUUAUUUUCCGGCUGUGGAAAUAUUUCCCUAUAUUCCCUCCUUGGAGUCUCUGUUUUUACCGCGUUGUUCUAUACAAGACAUUAAAAGUGGAGCGUUCAAAGAUCUUCCGAAUCUGAAAGAGCUGGUGCUUAAUAACCACGAAUUAAUAGAAUUUCCUUCUGAAAUAGCGAGGUCUAUAAACUUGGAAAUAUUAGAUCUCCAUCAUCAGAUCUCGUUGCCAGAUGUGAAUUUUUAUAUAAAAGAUUUUAUUUUUGAAAACAUGAAGCAGUUAGAGCAAUUAAAUUUAGCCCAUGUGUCACUAUAUCCUAUGCUUUCAAGAUAUGCAUUUUUUGGUUUGUAUAAUUUGAAGCUGCUCAUUCUAGGAGCCACGAUGUUGGAGGCUAUAUACGAAUAUGCAUUUGAGACACUUACGUCUUUGUUAGUUCUUGAUCUUCAGGGAAAUAAUUUACGUUAUUUAAAAAAUUACACAUUUUUUGGGCUACAGAAUCUGAAACAUCUUUACCUAAGCCGAAAUAAUUUGGUUUUUAUUGAAAAAUAUCUUCCUUUCCACCCCGUGCCAUUACUCAAUGUUCUUUAUAUUGAAGAAAAUAAGAUAGAAAAAUUUCCAGAUAAAAUAUUUUCAUCGCUUACUGAUUUAAAAAGCUUGUAUUCGUCGAAAAACAAAAUCGUUCCUUGGAACAGCAAAAUAUUCCACCCUAAUUUGACCAUAAUGACUUUGGGGUUGUCAGAAAAUCAAAUAAUAUAUAUUACCCCAACAAUGUUAACUGAAUUCGGUCAAGUUUCAGAAUACUUAGAUUUAAGAAGAAAUCCUUUCAAUUGUAGCGCAUGUGGAAUGAAGGAUUUUCAGGCUUUCUUUAGAGAUUCAAAUCUGACAUUUAGUCUACCAGACGAAGAAAUAGAUGAUUCAUUGUAUACUUGUGUGGAACCUGUCUUUUUGCAAAACCAACCUUUAGGAAACGUCGAAUUACCGGUAGUUAACUGCGAAGUAGAAGAAGCUGCUCUGAUAGGUUUGCUUGGAAUAGCUAUAAUUUGUUUCGUAACAUUGUUUACUAUGUUAGUUUUACUCGCGUGCUUCUUUUUUAGGUGGUACAUUCGAUACUGCGUUUUCCACAUCCAAGCUAAGAUGAAAGAGAAGAAGUACAGCCAUGCUUACGAGCCUCGAUAUAAUUACGAUGCUUUUCUCUCUUACAAUUCUGCAAAUACACCAUGGGUUGUAACCUACUUAAUACCUGCGCUCGAAGUUCAAGAGCCAAAAUUUAAACUUUGUGUGCACGAAAGGGAUUUUCAGGUGGGUUCUCUUAUCACAGAAAAUAUAUUGGAAGCAAUUGAGACUAGCAGAAAAGUUAUUUUGAUUCUUUCAGAGAGCUUCACUAAGAGUGAAUGGUGCAUGUUUGAACUGCAUAUGGCUCAGCACAAACUUUUCGACGACACCAGAGAUGGCCUUAUUUUAGUAAAGUUGGAAAAUAUAAACAAGAAAUUGUACACUAAAAACUUGCUAUACUUGGAGAAAACUAGACUGUGUUUAGAAUGGACAGAGAAUACGCUUGGUCAAAAAUUGUUUUGGGAGCGAAUGCGAAAAGCUUUAGGUCCUCCUAUAAGCAAUAAAUCUUCUGAAUUUGACGCUGUCAUUGCUUAAAAAGAGCGAAAAAUUCAAGUUGUAAUUAGGAAGCUGAAUAUAAUAUUAAACCUGGACGUUAGGAAAAUAUGCAAGCUCUUGGUGGGAAAUUUAAUCACUGAAAAAUUUUGAGUUGGAAGAUUUGUGUUUGUUAUUACUUGUAUAAUAUAUAUGCAUAUGAAUCAAUUUUUAAGACAGUUUUAAAAUCCUAUCGUGGAAAAUGAGCAUAACAAGUUUGUUAUAUCUCAAAUAAAAGUACUUUCUAUAUUGUC